AUGGUCGAAGCCGUUGCUGCAGCGCAUGGAAGGAAAAACAUUGUAGAAUUUCUUAUAAAAGAAGCAGGUUUAUAUGUUGAUGAGCUAGAUACGAAUGGCAAAACACCACUACAUAUUGCUGCUCAAAAUGGUUACAAGGAUACUGUUAAAAUUUUGUUAAAAAAUAAAGCGAAUAUUAGUGCCCAAGAUUAUUGUGGUCUUUCAGCUUUACACUAUGCAAUAAAUAAUAAUCAUAUUGAUGUGGUCAAGAUUCUAUUGAAAGAAGAUGUGAACGUUGAUAUUAAUGAAAUUAUGGGUGGCUUUACCCCGUUGCAUGUAGCUGCAGAAAGAGGUCAUCUGGAGUUAGUUAAUUUCUUGCUUCAAAAUAAUGCAGAUGUUAACGUUAGAAAUGAUGAAGAUUGGACACCGUUACAUGCAGCAGCAUUAAACGGCCAUCUGGAAGUCAUAAAUGCUUUAAUUCUAAAAGGAGCUGAUGUUAACGCUAGAGUCAUAAAUGGUUGUACAUCUUUACACUAUGCAGUAGAAAACGGUCAUGAGAAGAUAGUUAAUAUUCUAUUGAAGCAUGGAGCUAAUGUUAACGCUGUUGAUAAAUCCUAUAAUAAUACACCUUUGCACUAUGCAGCAUUAGAUGGGCACGAGGGAAUUGUUACGGCUCUACUGGAAAAUAAAGCCAACGCUAAUAUUGCCACUCUUACAGGUGGGAUUCCAUUGCAUCUUGCUGCCCAGAAUGGUCAUCUAGGAAUAGUUGUUGCUCUACUUAAACAUGGUGUUGACAUUGGUGCUAAAGAUCAAAAUAACGCUACACCAUUAUACUACGCAGCAAAAUGGGGUCAUAAGGAUGUUGCUGAACUUUUGAUAAAAAAUAGAGCACAAAUUAAUGUCAAAGCUAACAAUAAUGUGACACCACUACAUGUAGCUGCUCAGGAAGGUCACGAAGAUAUUAUUAAUCUUCUAAUAAAAAAUAGAGCUGAGGUUGAUGCAAAAACUCAUGACGGUAGUACACCACUACAUCUAGCUGCUCUGAAAGGCCACAAAGAUAUUAUUGAUAUUCUAAUAAAAAAUAAAGCUGAAGUUGAUGCUAAAACUUAUGAUGGUAUUACACCAUUGCAUCUAGCUGCUCUAAACGGUCAAGGAGAUGCUAUUGUUUCUCUAAUAAAAAAUGAAGCUAAAGUCAAUACUAGAGAUAAUAAUGGUAUUACACCGUUACAUGCAGCUGUUGUAGAAGGCCACAAAAAUAUUGUUAAUCUUUUAAUAAAAACUAAAGCCCAAAUUGAUGCAACAGAUUUUGCAGACGUUACACCAUUACAUGCAGCCGUGGGAGCAGGUAAUAAAGAAAUUGUUGAGAUUUUGAUAGCAAAUGGAGCCAAUGUCAAUGUCAAGAGUAACAACAUGACACUAUUAUUUUUUGCUAUAAUAUAUAAUCACAAGGAAAUCGUUGAAGUUCUUAUAGCGAAUGGAGUUAAUGUUGAUGCGGAAUGUAUUAAAUAUUUGUCAAUAGCAGUUCUUGCUGGAUACAGUGAUAUUGUAGAAAUUUUGCUAAAAGAUAAAGCUCGUGUUAAUAUGAAAAUUACUGAUAUGAAAUUUACACUAUUACAUUUGGCUGCUAAAAGAGGUCAUAAAGAUAUAGUAAACGCUCUGAUUACACGAGGAGCAUAUAUUGAUGCCAUAACCAUUGGUGAUAUGACACCAUUAUGUUUUGCAGCAGCUGAGGGUUAUGAGGAAGUUGUUGAGAUCUUGAUAGCAAAUAGAGCUAAUGUUAAUAUUAUGUGUUGCGAUGGUACUCCAUUACACCUAGCAGCACCAAACGGUCAUGAUAAAGUUGUAAAAGUUUUACUAGAUAAUAAAGCAAAUAUUGAUAUUAAGGAUUAUAAGAAUAGAAAACCUUUGGAAUUAGCAGUGGCAUAUGGUCAUUUACACGUAGUGAAAAUAUUACUGCAGUACAAGAAAAUAGAUAUGGAUGCUAAAUGUAACGGUGAUUUUACGAUAUUGCAUAUUGCUUCACAAGAAAGUAACUUAGAGAUGGUAAAAUAUCUGGUAGAUAAGGGAUGUGAUGUUAAUGCUAAAAAUAACUUUGGCUCAAAACCUGUACACAUUGCAGCUAGAGAAGGUUAUAAAGAUACUGUAGAAUUUUUUCUUAGUAAGGGGUUAAGUAUUAAUGAGCCUGGUAUAAUUAAUAAGACAUUACUACACUAUGCUGCAUCAAAUGGUCAGUUAGACGUUGCAAAGUAUUUGAUAUCACAAGGCGCUGACAUUAAUGCUAAAGAUGCUAAUGGCGCAACUCCUAUGCAUGUUGCUGCUAGUUCCGGUUAUAGUGACUUUAUUGAAGUUCUAUUAAAAAAUGGCGCAGUUUAUAACACUGUUGACCACAAAUAUUAUAAAAGACCACUUGAUAUGUCUAAUGACGAAAACGUUAUUAAUCUAUUAACUUCAACUGAGGGAUUGUUUGAGGCUGUAAAACGUAAUUGCCUUUUAGAUGUUGAGAAUUACAUUAAAGCAGGGCCCGUCGUUAACGCUAAAAAUGCUAAGGGAACAUCAUUACAUUAUGCUGCGUGGAAAGGUUAUGAUAGGAUUGUCAAUAUUCUAUUACAAAACAAAGCUGAUUCUAAUGCAGUUAAUGAUAAGGGGUUUACCCCUCUACAUUAUGCUGCUAAGUUUUCUCACUUAAAAAUUGUAAAGCUUCUAUUAUCUCAUCGUGCAGUGUAUAAUGCAGUUUCUGAUGAUGGUAAAACACCAUCAGAUUUUGCUGUAGACAAAUGUAUAACUAGUUUAUUUAAAUUACUAAGUGACUCAUUUAAACAUGUUAAAAAUGAUAAUUCUCAAGUUAUUAAUGAUCUUAACAAGAUAAAGGACAUUGAUACAGUAAGAGCAAUAAUGAAUGCUUGCGAUAGAGAAUACAAAACGUUAGUAGUUGCUGCAGUGCAUAGUAACUUCUCAAAAGUCGAACAGUUGAAAGAGGUAUCACAAGGUGAUGUAUCUGCUCAGAUUAGUAUAGCUUUAGGACUUUUUAAUCAAGGCAAUUAUCAAAGAGCCUUAAGUAUUUUCAAAAGCGUAUUUGAAAAAAGAAAAAAAAUACUAGGGUCAGAUAAUCCUGGGACUUUAGAUAUUCAGACGUUCAUUGGUAAAGUAUCAUAUGCACAAGGGGCUUACCAAGGAGCUUUAAGUACAUUUGAAGAAAUUUUCCAGAAACAGAAAAAAGUAUUAGGUUUGAAUGAUAAGAAUACUUUAAGCACAAGAAGUACAAUUGCUUUAGUGCUGCAUAGACAAGGAAGGAAUGAAGAAGCUUUUAAUAUUUAUCAAGAAGUUUGUCAGAAGCAAGAGAAAAUACUAGGUCCAAAUCAUUUAGACACUUUAGAUACUUACUUUCACAUGGCACUAGUUUUAGAUAAACAAGGAAAAUAUGAAGAAGCAUUAAACAUCAAUAGAACAGUUUUUGAAAAAAGAAAGAAAAUACUAGGUGCAAAUAGCAUAGCAGUUGUGUGUGCUCAAAAUAAUAUAGCGAUGGUACUGGCUAACCAGGGUAAGUAUGAAGAGGCUUUGAAAAUUUAUAAAGAAGUUUUUGAGAGGAAGAAAGCGGUUUUAGGUAUUAAUCAUUUGAGUACUUUGAAAACGUUACAUAGCAUUGCUGGAAUACAUGUCUGUCGAAAAAAAUAUCAUGAAGCCUUAAAAUCUUAUCAAGAGGUUUUAAAUAUCCAGAAAAAUGCUUUGGGAGCAAAUCAUCCUGAAACCUUGAAUACUCAGUACAACAUGGCAAAUGUACUUUUUGCUCAAGGUAAAUGGAUUGGUGCUCUUAAAGCCUUCAGAGAAUGUUUUGAUCAACUAAAAGCUGUUUUUGGGCCAGGUCAUCACACUGUUUUGGAUAUUUUAAAAAAGAUAGGGAGUAUUAAUUUUAUACUUAAACUUAAAGGCAACGAACCGUCAGAAAUUCUAAAGUAUCUGCAGAAAGAUAUUAAUAUUGCUGCUAGUAAUGGUGAUAUACAAGCUAUCCAUCGCUUAUUAAAAGGUGGAGCUGAUGCCAGUGACAAAGACAUUGAUGGAAGAACACCGUUACAUUACGCUGUUAGCAGUGGACAGGCAAGUGUUGUGGACAUCUUACUAAAAAACAGAGCUGAUGUUACUCAAGUUACUAAUAAAGGCAAUACACCAUUACACAUUGCUACUUCUAAAGGUUACAAAGAAAUUGUUGAAGUUUUAUUACAACAUGUAAGUCAUGAUAAAUUAAAUAAUUUUAUCAAUGCUAAAACCGCUGCUACCGGUGCUACAUCGCUUCACGUUGCAGCCAAGAAUGGUUUUUUGGAUGUUACCAAGUCCUUAUUGAAGCAAGGUGCAAUUUAUAACAUUAAAAAUAAUGAAGGUAAAACACCUCUUGAUCUUUCUAAGGACCAAAAUGUUAACGACUUACUGAAACUAGUUGAAGAAAUAUUUAAAGAUGCAAAAAAUGGUAAUGUUGAAAUGAUCAACAAAUUAAAGGCCGUAAAACCUGAUGAGUUUGUAGUUGUAACAAAUGCUCGUAAUAAUCAACAAAAUACGUUAUUGCAAGUUGCUGUAGCUAAUAGACACAAGAAUGUUGCGAGUAAAUUGUUAGAAAUGCUAAAAACGCCAGAUGAAAAUUAAGAUGUCAAUACAUAGAAAGGAGUUAAAAGCUUAAAACUUUAAUUAAUGCUGUUGAAAAUAUUAUGUAACUUAAGUUAAUAAUCUUAAAGAAAUUGAGUAUCGGUAGUUUGCUAUUAAAAAUAUAGUAGAUAAAAUAUUCCUA